UAUACCAAAAGUGUGAAGACAGAAAAAUUGUUUAUAUUUUUUAUAAAACUGUGAAAUUUGUUUUUUAAUCACAAAAAUACAAACAUGUCGGACGACAUAGAGUCUGUCAUUCAAAUAUCAUUUGAGAUAUUUCAUGAGCUCAUCAAAACGGACGUACAAAACAAAAGUGACUUAAUUGUUGCAAUAAUUCAUUACAGAAUGGUUAUUCGGAAUGGUUUUCUGUGCUUAGGAUUAGGCCAACAGAUAACACUCCAACCAGAAGAAGAAAACAGUGGCUCCGUACUAUUGCCGAGAAAUUGGUAUGGAAACCGCCGACUAUACGAGCUUAGAUAUGUACGUGAGCGCAAAGUAUUCGUGUUACUAGGUGACGUGAAUAACAAUCGCACAAUUAUUUUGACGUUGCUGAAUGGUGACGCAAUGCAAAAAACAAAGAUAGACUUUGUUAUCGAAGACACAGUAAAGUCGAUGCAAGGCGGACUAUUAACAAUGGUACCAGGAUUUCAUGCUAUCAUAAGCCGUUUGCAACGCGAAUUGGUGGAUCCUCUCACAGCCCAGCCAUCAGUUUUGCAGCGGUUUUGUACAUCUGGUUUAACUUGGAGCAGUAAACUUGCCGUUGCCUGCAUUGCAAUACCUGUAAUUAUUUUUGCUGUUUUAGUUUCUUUUGUUGUUGCUGUUUUAGCUGCUUUUGUUGUUGUUGCAUCAAAUUCAAUAAAAACAAUCAUUGUCUAAAACUCAUCUUCUUUUCUUCAAACCACAGGUAUCUCAAAUGAAAAGUUUUUUCAUUGGUGUUGAGGGCCGAAAAAAAAAUGAAUAGUCCCAUUUGAAAAAGAUCUACAGAUCAGUACAUUCUUCUAAAUUAAAUGCAUUGUAAUUUGAAAAAGAAAAUAAAGUGCACGAAAAGCAUAA